AUGACUUUAAAUUAGAAAUAUUUGAAUCAAUUGACUUAAUAUGUAGAAAUAACUAUUGAAUACAAUUUCAAUCUCAAGCUAAUGAUUAAGAAUUCAAGGUUAACAUUUAAAUUAUUAAGUAGAUAUACAAAAAUGGAGUCUUUUAAUUAUAGCUAAUUAAUAAAUAAGUCAUAGAAUAAAUUAAUAAGGAAUAUCAUAUUAAAAUAACUUAGAAAGUUUAUAAUAAAUUUUCUAUGA